UAAAGCCGUUCCCCCCCUUCCCUGUUCCUUGCAUUACUCUCCCUUUCCUUCUCUGCGCGUCUCUCCUAAUUCUAGAAAACCACCAUGAGAGCUCUCAGAAGCGCCGUCGUCAGUCGCAAGAAGCUUAACGCACAGAUGCUGAAGCAGAGAAAGACUGAGAUGAAAUCCACGAAAAGCAAAAAAGCCACGAAGAAAGAUCAAAAUGCUCCGAAACGUCCAGCUACAGCCUUCUUCGUUUUCAUGGAGGAAUUCAGAAAGACGUUCAAGGAGGAGUUUCCUGAUGCAAAAGCUGGUCCAGUGGUCGGCAAAGCUGGUGGUGAGAAAUGGAAGUCGAUGUCUGAUACUGAAAAAGCUCCUUACGCUGAAAAAGCUUUGCGAAGGAAGGCAGAGUAUGAGAUAGCUCUUGAAGCUUACAAGAAGAAUCUCAAUUGCUGCGCGGACGCUGAAGCUGAAAUUGAAAUGCCAACUGAAUCACAGAAAUCAACCUCUGAGGUCCAUGAUGACGCAGAGCAGGAAGCUAGCUCUAGCUCUUAGGACUUCAGUGUACUUAGUGGUAACAAACGAUGUUCAUAUCAAUAAAAGUUUCAUGGUUAUGUGAACGAAAGCUUGCAAGUGCAAAGGGAGUCGACAGGAAGCUAGAAUUUGCGCAACUCUUUAACAAUUUUAGCACAAAAUAUUUCUUUCUAUCAUAUGUAUAUUCUAUGUACUGCUCUAGUGGUGAACUCAAUUCUCUUGUGAUUAUUCUCUGGUUAACAAGGGUUGCAUGUUUUGAAUUUCCGAUUCAAAUUUCUUAUGGAUAUUUCUGAAUUCGGAACAAAGAAAAUCUUAGUUUUAAA